CUUGUUUAAUGGAUUUGAAAUAGUAUUUCUUCGAAUAUUUAUUAGACUCUGUGUUUCAAGUGUGCUAAUGUCAUUAUUUACCUCUAGGUCAUUUUUCACACCGCUGACGACACCGCACUUUGACUGCGUGCUCACGUGAUGUUUGUUACUUUUCUCAGCGCUGCGCCUAAAAAACCAGUCACGAUCGAGAUGAAUGGAUCGCACUGCGUUACUUUAAACAUUUUAUACUGUCUGCUGAGGCAGACCAUCGUUUAUAUUUCAGGCAGUAAUUCCUGGAGUAAUUACAGCAACUAUUUAUGAUUUUUUUUGUGUGUGUGUGUGUGUGUGUGUGUUUACCGCGCUGUCAGUGUAAAGUUCGUUCCGCCGCGGACGUCAUUCGUCAGAUCUCGAUAGUGUAUGGUGUUAUCUGUCGGUUUCCGAGCAUAAGAGCAGAUAAACCGGAGGAAUAAUGCGUCUCUCGGCCGGUGGAUGAUGAAGAUCCGGUUUCUGCUGCUGCUGUGUUCAGUGUCAGGACUCUGGUUUCCUGUUCAACAUGGCCAUUGUUCGGAGCAGACACACACACACACCCCGAGCACAGGAGUGGUCAGUCAGCAUCACGAUACACACUCGGAUCAGUGGACGAGUCAUGAGCCGAUGAUUGCUGGGAAUGAUGAGCAGAGCGUCUUUAUCAGUGAAGUGGAGUCUUCCUCAGUUUCCUCACAGAUUCCAGACUUCGGUCCAGCAUCUCCUCAUGAGUGUGUCUCAUGCCGGGACUCUGGAAGCGGCGUCACAGAUUUGUCUGGAGCUGCGUGUGAUGCUGCUGGAUAUGAUCCUGGUCUCAGCAGCUUUCCAGCGGUUCAAGAGAACGUCAGUGUGCGUGAGUCCAGAAGACCUGCUAAAGGCCGAAGGACCAACGCCUCCCGCGUCCUGAAAGAUCAGGGCCCCGCAGACAGUGACCCCUCCAUGCCCUGCAGAGACCAGGAGAUCCCCACCUUCGAGGAGUGGACCAAAAUCAUGCUGGAGGUGGAGAACGAGAAGACUCAGGUCACACACCCGUCUGAAGGCUUUCAAGCCACGGGGAAGAAGCUCCAGCAGACCGUCACUAACUACGCCUCUGUGGAGUGUGGAGCUAAGAUCCUGUCCUCCAACCCUGAGGCCAAGAGCACUUCAGCUAUCCUGAUGGAGAACAUGGACAUGUACAUGCUGAAUCCCUGCAAUAACAAGAUCUGGUUCAUCAUUGAGCUCUGUCAGCCCAUUCAGAUCAAGCAGCUGGACAUCGCCAACUUUGAGAUCUUCUCCUCAAACCCCAAAGACUUCCUGGUGUCCAUCAGCGACAGAUACCCAAACAAAAAAUGGGUGAAGCUGGGGACGUUUCAUGCGCGUGAUGAGCGGGCAGUGCAGAGUUUUCCUCUGGAUGAGCAUCUGUUUGCUAAAUACAUCAAGAUAUUCACCAAAUACAUCAAGGUAGAGCUGCUGUCACACUUCGGCUCAGAACACUUCUGUCCUCUUAGUCUGAUCAGGGUUUAUGGCACGAGUAUGAUGGAGGAGUAUGAGAUGAACUCAGAUCCAUCAGACAGAGCCCCGCAGGUUCAGGACGAGCAGGACAGCGAUCAGUCUCCUGGUUUUGUGUCAGUCGAUGACAAAGUCUCCCAAAACCUGAUCGGAUCUGCCAAAGACGCUCUUCUCACGAUGGUGAACAACAUCGCUGCUAAUGUUUUGGGUGGAGCUCCAGAGAGCACAGCUGGAGCAGGAAACUCUUCCGCUGCAGGUUUAAACACAGACAGAAGUCUUAUUCUGUUUUCUCUGAUCAGACUGAAGACUGUCAUCAGGAUUACAGAGACCACCAGCAUUACUGAAGAGAUGACCGUAUCACUCUCAGACACCGCCGGAGACCCUCGGGUCCAGACCAGGCCUGACGUGGAGCGGAUCGUCACGCUGCUGCCUGAAGAAGAACCGGAUCAGUCUUCUGAAGGACUCCUGGAGCCUGGAGCAGAUCGGCAGGAAAGAUCUGAAUCUGCCUGCUCCUGUUCACACAGAGACUCUCUUCAGGAGUACCUUCUGCAGCGCUGCUCCUCUCCAGACCUUCUCCAGAAGACCCCGUCUACAGCCUCAACUCCUCCAGAGCAGCGACAGAGGCCCAUCGAGCUGAUGUGUGCUUCUGCCAGCGAGUGUCUCUCAGAGACGCUUCCUCAGCAGAGCGCUGACCACCUGACCGAGUCCAGCCAGAAACCGGACCUUACGUCCACCUCUGCUGCACGCUCCUACGGUUUCCUGAACUCAGCAGAGUCUUCAAAAUCUGCUAUUAUGGAUGAAGCGGUCAGCAGGAGAUCCCUGACCCCGGCUCAAGACGCUCAUCCUUCAGAAGGGCUCUCAGACUCAGAGUCUAGGAACAAGGAGCUUCUGGAUGAUGAAAGCAAUGCUCAUAUUGAGCAGAUCUACACGGAAGCGCCGAACUCCAGCGACGCACCUGCACACGGCUCCAAUCAGAAAGAGUCUGUGUUCAUGAGGCUCAAUAAUCGCAUCAAAGUCCUGGAGAUGAACAUGUCCCUCAGCGGACGCUACCUGGAGCAGCUGAGUCAGAGAUACAGAAAGCAGAUGGAGGAGAUGCAGAGAGCCUUUAACAAAACUAUCAUCAAGCUCCAGAACACCUCCAGAAUGUCUGAGGAGCAGGACCAGAGGCAGACGGACUCCAUCCAGGCUCUACAGGCUCAGCUGGAGAACGUGACUCAGCUCGUGAUCGGUCUGUCUGUCAGCGUGAGUCGACUUCAGCAAGAGGUGUCUGACAGACAGAGCUAUAUUCUGCUGUGUCUGCUUCUCUGUGUUCUUCUGGGGCUGCUGAUCUGUGUGAACUACCGUCAGAUAUCAGAGAGUCCGGCUCUCCAUUCACCGGACAGAGAGUGGUCUGAUGCUGAAGCUGUGCUGCUGAGGCGCAGAGCCUCUGAUCCUCCAUCGCUCUCGUCCCUUCAGUCACUUUCGGCGGAGCUUCAGAAGAGACCAGCAGCCGUAAGCAGCGGGAAGACUGUGAAGUUAAAGAAGCUAAGCAGAGGUCCAGAGACGCUGUUCCCUCACUCCACCAUCACUCCUCCAGGUCUGGAGACGGACAGCAGAGACGUGUCUGACGGCAGCUCUGAAGGAUCCUCGCUGGCCGGCGUUACGGCCCCGAAGGUCUGGACUCAUCAGAAGAGCCGGCCGCAUCAGAAUCAUCAUCAGAGCGGCUCCAGGCGCUCACAGAACCAGCCUCCGCAGCGCAGCGCGGCCCGCGCCCGGACCGGCACUGAGACCGGACACAACCGGACUGAACCGCCUCUGAGACUGAACCAGACCAGACCGGCUCUGAGACUGGACCAGAACGGACCGGACCGGACCGGACCAGCUCUGAGACUGGACCAGACCGACAGAACCGGCUCUGAGACUGGACCGGACCGGACAGAACCGGCUCUGAGACUGGACCAGACCGGACAGAACCGCUCUGAGACUGGACCCGGACCGGACAGAACCGGCUCUGAGACUGGACCAGACCGGACAGAACCGGCUCUGAGACUGGACCGCACUGGACCUGAGACUCUGAUUCUGGAGAUGUUCACACACUGGACGCUGAACCCGUACAGAUCCUCACACCUUCUUCUCUUCAACACUGAGGCUUAUGCAGUUUGCACUGGUUUUUCUAAUUAUGUGCCACAAACUUUCAGACAAUCGUUAUUAAAAUAUAAAUAAUC